AUGUCCUGACAGCAGAACCAGCAGCAGUGCCAGUGCCCCCCCAAGUGCCCCUCCCCGCAAUGCCCCCCAAAGUGUCCCCCAAAGUGCCCUCCAGCCUCUUCCUGCUGUGGCCCCAGCUGUGGGCACUGCUGCAGCUCCGGGGCUGGGGGCUGCUGUCUGAGCCGCCACAGGUCCCGCAGGUCCCACCACUGCAGACACCACAGCCCUGACUGCUGCAGCCAGGCCUCGGGGGGCUCCGGGUGCUGUGGAGGGGGGAGCGGUCAGUCCUCUGGAGGCUGCUGCUGA